UCAUUCCAGCCGCAGCGAACAAUCAGCCCUCAGUUAUUUAUUAGCGCAGCAGCAGCUCAGUCUCUGCUCAGUCUCUGCUGCUGCUGCUCGAAGGCGCACACACACACACACACACACACGCUCACACUCACGUAGAUGGAGAAAAGACGCGUGGGAAACUUGCGCACAUUGUCGAAUUGAGCGCAAAAACUCUUGGACAUUUAUCGACACAAGUAACGCGGCGACCGGCUCGAGUGUGAUGAGACUACAUUUGGAUUUGUGAAGGACCUAAAGUGUCACCUCCAGCUUUAUUUUUUUUGGCAACUUAUCGGGUUAUUUCCCCACUGACUGAAAUGAGAACUGCCGAAGAGUCGUCCGGAACGGUCCUGCACCGUCUCAUCCAGGAGCAGCUCCGCUACGGUAACCUGACGGACACUCGCACACUGCUGGCCAUCCAGCAGCAGGCCCUGCGUGGAGGCAGCAGUGGCGGGGGCACCGGCAGUCCCCGCUCCUCUCUGGAGAGUCUCAAUCAAGAUGAGACUCAGUACAUGCAGAUGUCAACGCGGCAGGAACCACAAGGCCAGGAGCACCAGGGCGACUGUCUGCACUCUGAGAGCCCCAUGUGCCAUCUGUACCAGCUCCAUGGUGAGGAGCUGCCCACCUACGAGGAGGCCAAGGCCAAAUCCCUGUACCUAAUCUCCCAGAAGGACCAGGCAGAGCAGCGAAGCACCAGUGUGGAUGUAAUGGCGAGUCGCAGUGAAGGACAGUGGGAUCUGAAGAGGGAACAUGCUCGUUCCCUCAGUGAGAGGCUCAUGCAGCUUUCUCUGGAGAGAAAUGGACAGAGAGACAAUCUGGCUCUGCACUUUUCACACAGCUAUCCUCAGCUGUACAACCAUAACACAUCCAACACUCUGGCACUGGACGGACAAGGAGCCCAGCAGUGUGUUGACCCACGUGGGCCACCGCCAGACUAUCCUUUCUGUGCCAGGCUUCCUGGAUAUGGGCAUGGACAAUACUACAGAGACUCUCCUCCUCCUCCUCCUCUCUACUCACAGCAUCACAGGUAUGUGUCGGCUCAGUCCCAGGUGGCUCACAACAGCAUCUCUGCCGCCUCCAGCAAUAACUCAGCUCCGUCCGACGUGUUGAUGCGGGAGAAUGAACAACUCAGGAAGGAGCUGGAGGUCUUCACAGAGAAGGCUGCCAGGCUGCAGAAGCUGGAGUUGGAGAUUCAGAGGAUAUCUGAAGCCUAUGAGACUCUAAUGAAAGGUUCUGCCAAGAGGGAAGCUCUGGAGAAAACAAUGAGGAACAAACUCGAGGCUGAGAUCAAGAGGAUGCACGACUUUAACAGAGACCUGAGAGAACAACUGGACACUGCUACCAAACAGCGAGCAGCCAGGGAAGCUGAGUGCAUGGACCAGAAUCAGCAUGUCUUCAUUAAGCUCCUGGAGCAGAAAGAAGAGCAGCAACGAGAGCGCGAGCGUUUGGAGAGGCAGGUUCAGCAUCUGCGCCUCUCUGCGGAGGAGUGCCAGCGCAGGCGGGAUGUGCUGGAGCAGGGUCUGGCCUCGACACAGACCCGCAACCGGCAGCUGGAGGAAGAGCUGCAGAGGAAGAGAGCCUAUGUGGAGAAGGUUGAGCGGCUGCAGAGCUCGCUGGCUCAGCUGCAGGCAGCGUGUGAGAAGAGGGAAAUGCUGGAACUGCGGCUUCGCACGCGGCUUGAGCAGGAACUUAAGAGCCUCAGGGCGCAACGCAAGUACCAGCAAGUUGACCCGACUUCUUCAGAACUGAGCUCUUCCACGCUGCAGCAGCAGCUGAGGGAGAAGGAGGAGCGUGUCCUGGCCUUGGAGGCAGAUAUCACAAAGUGGGAGCAGAAGUAUCUGGAGGAGAGCACCAUGAGGCAGUUUGCAAUGGAUGCAGCUGCCACCGCUGCAGCACAGAGAGACACAACCAUCAUCAAUCACUCACCUCGACAUUCACCCAACAGCAGUUUUAAUGACAACCAGCCUUUAUCGAGUCACAGACAUCAGGAGAUGGAGAACAGGAUUCGGGCACUUCACGCUCAGCUCCUGGAGAAGGAUGCUGUCAUUACAGUCCUGCAGCAGCGCUCUAGACUGGAACAGGGCAGGCUGGAGAAGCAGGGGCUUCGCUUGGCGAGGUCUGUCCCCUCCAUCAACACUGCGACCGGCAGCACAGAGCCAAAAGGAAAGAGCCUCUCAGACGACCUGACAGGUGCUGCUGUGCUGCUGUCCCAGGCCUGCGUGAAGCCCAGGGGCUCAAGCAGGGACUGCAGCACCCAGAGCGACGACACCACACAGGAGACGGAGCUCGCCGCAGAGCCCAGUGAACUGAAGACGCCCGAGUCGGUCUCAGCAGCAACGAAAGACACCUCGGAGGAGCCGACGGCUUCGCCCAAGACAUUCAAGAACAUCAACAGUUCAGACACAGAGAUGGUUGAAAUCCUCAUUUGAGAGCUCAGUGAAGCUUAAAUAGCCGACCGGUGACAGCCAGCGAUGACGGACACAUUUGGCCAAGGUGUUAACGGCUUUCCUCCUCGUCUGACCAGCAGAAGGAAGAGUCUGGAUGGACGUUCAGAGUCCAGAAUGUGACACUUAGUAGACGAGAGCUGAGCUUUUCUUCUGCUGCUUCUGCACAGUUGUCUCGGUACCAGGACAGAAUUCUGGGCCGCUGAUUGUGCUUGUAUACGUACAUAGGUUGUGCAUGUUAUUGUUAUUGUUAUUUUUUUAUUUAGUUUUGUAUUGUAUUUAUAUUUGUGAAUGCUGCUCCUGGUGUGAUAUUUUUUUGUGAGAGGGGAGAAGAACAAGGAUCACUUAAUGUCCUGCUCUGCUCCAUUUUUUAAUAUAUAUAUAUACAUAUAUAUAUAUAUGUAUAUAUAUAUAUGUAAAUGACUCACUUUCCGCAUCACGUGCACAGGCCUUUUCAGUAGCAUGUCCAUUUACCAUGGGAAUAUUUAUAAAAUGACUCGGUGUAAGCAAUCCUCGAUGUUUUCGCAUCACGUGUGAGGAUUAAGAUAACUACUCGGAUCUGAAUUGACAGUUGCUCCACUCUUUAAAAUAAAUUCAAGGCCCGGCUCAGCAGAGGAUUUGGAAACUUCCUCUGAAUGCCAGGCAUGUUCGUUUCUCUCUCAAAAAAGCCUGUGAGGAUUGACGGUGUUUCAGUGGCGUCUAAUUUUCCAGAUCCCGGGUUAAUGUCUGGGGCCUCAGAUGGCGACUGCCCAACAUUUCGCUCCUCGUCGCUGACAUGCGGGAGCUAAUCUUCUCACAUUCCUUGCUGAGGGGAAUGCUCCUGUUAAAGAAAAAGGCUAUCUAAAGUCUGACCCCUCACCCUUGUUAAAAUGGCACGCAUUCUCCACAUGAUUCCUUUUCUGGGGCUGGUUAUUUCUUCUGAGCCGUGCUAGCUGGUUCUACCAUAAGCUUGGAAACGGUCAACUAUAAUUGGCCCGCAUUUGCUCCUCUAUUUGUUGUCCCCAACACCGUGUUAUAUUCAGCCGUGUUUCCUUCAUUGCUCAAGUAUCUCACAUUUCUGAGUGGACUAUAACUGUUGUGUGGAAUCUUCUAUUUAUUUUCUGCCUGCAUUCUGCAGGAUCACUGAACACUGCUGAAUGUAGACUCCUGUUUUCCAGGAACGUUUUUAGUUGACUGGAAUUUGCCACAAUUCAGAAUUAUUUAUACUCCUCAGAGGGGAAUACCGCUGACAUAUUGAGCAGUUUUUUAAAUGUCAGUGCGUUACUGCAGGAGUCACAAACUCCAUCCUUAUUGUUUGACGUCCUACAGUUUGCACAUAAAACCUCACAUUGACGUGGUAUCUCCCUUUCAAGCUUAUUCCUCAUAUUUACUGUCCCCGUGCAGUUGCUGGUCAGUGCAAUGUGACAGGUUGAGUGAAUGCCCUUCAAAAGAAAAUUGGAAUGUGUUUACAUGAAUGGCUAUUUGAAGUGUGAGAAGUUAAUAUAUUUUGUAGUUGUUUUGUGUGUGUGUUUUUCCCAUUUAUAUUCAUGUAUUUGUGUUGUUGUUGUUGUUGUUGUUGUUUUCUGGUGCCAAAGAUGUACCCAACUGUUAAGUUAUAACCAGUGACAAAAGGCUCUGUUGCUUCAGCUGGUUGACCCAUUAUAAUGUUGCUGUGAACUUUUGUAAAUUAUCAUUUGUACGUAUGCCUUAACAUUUCACAAUAAUAGAUUAAAAUUCUUAAUAUAUGUCUGAUAAA